AUGUGUUAUUUGAAGUAUAAAAAAUACAGUGAUGUUAAGUUAAGUGAUAACUACAAACUUGGUAAAAUUUAUGUUUCCCAUAUUAAGGACAUGACGCUGGAGGAAUUUGUUGAAGCGCGACAAAUUCAUUGUGGUUUACAAAGACACUCAUCGGAUUGUUAUUGUAAUUCACUAAUUGAAGCUGCAAAAGAAAUUAUUAGUGGUGGAAUUUGUCCACUCGCGUUACUCUAUAAGACACGAUUUAAUCAACAAUACAAGACUGACAAAGCUGUUCAACAACUCAUGCAAUUGCCUGUUGUAAUAUUUCCUAUCAAAACUAAAUUAUACGUAACAAGAUACAGUAGUGGAACAAACUACGACAAAUUUAUUGAGUUAUUGGAGAAUUUAGUGCCUGAUAGUAAAUGCGAGAGUAUAAAUAAGGAAGAACUCAAACUUUUAUGCAGUUUAGCUACCAAUGAAAAAGAUAAGAAAUUAAUCAGAGUUGCAGCUAGUUCGCAUCUUUCAGCUACGCAAUCUAAGGCCAAAUUAGGAAUAGACGAUAUAAAUUCCGAAAGAGAGGCAGUGUAUGCAGCU